UGUAUAAGAAGCCCAAUUGCCCUUUAUAUAAACCACUCCAAUAUAGAACAAAAAGCAUCACAAACUCCCAAAACUUUAAAAGAAAAGUGUUUAAAAUGGGGAAAACCAGAAUGCUUCAUAUUUCUGUCUUUUUGGUUCUUAGCCUCUUAGCUCUAUCAACUGCCUCAGAUUCUCUCUACAGCUCUUUCCUCCAAUGCUUAAAGAAUCACACCAAUGCUAGUGACCGAGUUUCCGACUCAGUCUAUUCCCAAUCAAACUCGUCGUACAACUCUGUACUCCAGAACUACAUCCGAAACGCCUUGUACAACACCUCCUCCUCCAACAAACCCCUUCUCAUUGUCACGGCCACGCACGAGUCGCACGUCCAAGCCACCAUAGUCUGCACCAAACAGAUUGGCCUCCAACUCAAAACCCGAAGCGGUGGCCAUGACUAUGCCGGAAGAUCGUAUGUCUCCGACGAAAAGUUUAUCAUUCUCGACAUGUUUAACCUCCGAUCGAUCUCCGUCAACGUCGCCGACCAAACGGUUUGGGUUCAGGCUGGGGCGACACUUGGCGAAAUCUACUACAGAAUCUGGGAGAAGAGCAAAGUCCUCGCCUUCCCCGCCGGGAUAUGCCCCACAGUCGGCGCCGGAGGCCACAUAACCGGCGGAGGGUACGGGAACCUGAUAAGGAAGUAUGGUUUGGCCGUUGAUUACGUCUUCGACGCUCAGAUAGUAAACGUUAAAGGAGAAAUUCUUGACAGAAAAUUAAUGGGGGAAGACCUUUUUUGGGCCAUUCGAGGAGGUGGAGCGGGGAGUUUUGGUGUUGUUUUGUCGUACAAGUUGAGAUUAGUACCAGUUCCUGAAACCGUCACUGUUUUCAGAGUGGAGAAAAUAUUGGACCAAGGCCAGAACGUGACUGAUGUUGUUUCUCAGUGGCAACAAGUGGCGCCUACGAUAGACGACAAUCUUUUCAUGAGGAUUUUGGUGCAGCCAAUCAGUUCGAAAGUGAAGAAAGGUACGAAAACUAUUAGAAUUUCUGUCAUAGCUGAGUAUCUUGGAAACGCAAACGAAUUGGUGUCGUUAUUAGGGAAGGAGUUUCCUUUGUUGGGUUUAAAGAAGGAAGAUUGUAAGGAAAUGAAUUGGAUAGACUCUGUUCUUUUUUGGGCUAAUUAUGUUAAUGGGACCUCUCCAAAUGUUCUCCUUGAUCGAUUGCUUAACCAAGCUAGAUUUGGCAUACGAAAAUCGGAUUAUGUUCAGACUCCGAUUUCGAAAGAUGGGCUGGAAUGGAUUUGGAAGAAGAUGAUCGAGUUAGGCAAAACCGGGCUCGUUUUUAAUCCUUAUGGUGGGAAAAUGAACAAAAUCUCACCGUCUGAGACUCCUUUCCCACACCGAGCUGGGAACUUGUUUAAGAUUCAGUACUCAGUGAAUUGGGACGACCCUAAUGUAGAGUUGCAGAAGAACUACACUACCGAGGUUAGAAGACUUUUCAGUUACAUGACUCCAUUUGUGUCCAAAAAUCCCAGAAGUGCGUUCUUGAAUUACAGGGACUUAGAUAUUGGUGUUAAUAACUUUGGUAAAGACAGCUAUGAACAAGGAAAAGUUUAUGGGGUCAAGUACUUUGGUCAGAAUUUUGAUAGGUUGGUCAAGGUCAAGACUGCUGUCGAUCCAGAAAAUUUCUUCUGGAGUGAACAAAGUAUCCCAACUUUUCCAAGUAAGGCCUAGGAAAAUUAUCUUACAAGUCACAGAACUUUGUUAUUGUAGUUGUUACACAAUUACAAUAAAAACGCUGUCUUUAGUUUUUCUUGAGAAAAAGCAAACUAUUUGGAUUUUUAGUUUAUGGUAUAGUGAAAUAUAUACAUUUUUUUUAUACAUCAGUUUCUGUUCUUAGUCUUCCUAAAUGAUUUACUUUUUCAUUGUCGACGUUUUAUGGACUUGUAAUAGAGAUGCGACAUGUAUGCAAAAUUAAUAAUCUUUCUUCAUUUAA